UUGAAUGAGUCAUAACCUAAAUUUCCGACUGCUCGCAACCUCAAUGUGGUAUAAAAGCGAGGCACCAGCUGCACUGUGCAGUUAUCUGACAAACUUUGAUGUCUUAUUAUUAGACGAAUAGUAGCCACACGCGUUUCACCUGGGGAAAAUCAAUGCUCACAAUUCGCAUUCGAUAGUAAAGAGGCUACUGUAAUAAUUAGGAUUAUCAUAAUGGAGAAUGUAAGGACUUUCCUUCACUUCGGAGUUUUACUCUCAUCGCUACUAUUCACAAUUGGAGCAGCUGAUGAGGAUUAUUUCCCUAAGGCAAUGGAUGUUCAGUGGGUGUCCAAUAACUUCAAGACUAUUCUAACAUGGGGCCCUGAGCCUACCAACUACACAUACACUGUUGAAUUUUAUAGUGUUGGUAAGGACAGACAUAGGAACCCCCACUGCAUCCGGAGCUCGGGGACAGAGUGUGACCUCACCAACGAGCUGCGGAACCUGCAGGAGACCUACUCUGCCGACGUCCUAUCAGAACCCCUACCCGGCAUUACCUCUGACCUUGUGGAGUUCCCCUACACCCGGGCCAAGAGGUUCAGCCCUUACAAAGACACUCAAAUAGGAGGACCCACUUUCAAGAUUGUGCAGAGCGAAGACAAGACCAAGAUGAUUCUCCACAUCCAGGACCCUCUCACUCCCCUCUACAAAGAUGACCAGCUGUUAACCAUCAGAGACGUCUUCAAGAAUGACCUGAAAUACAGAGUCGUAUACAACAAAGCUGGGAGCACAGGAAAAAAAGAGAAGAUGUCAGACCUGAGAAAUGUAGAGCUGACCAAUCUGGAUAAAGGACAGAGCUACUGCUUCAUGGUGGCAGCCUAUAUCCCCUCUCGUCCUGCACAGAAGAGACUGGGAGAUUGGAGCAAGCCGCAGUGCUCACCCAGAGAGAGAAAGACCAUCUUUGAGGAAUUCAGCUUUGGUGUGAUCACAGCUGCCAUUGGCAUCAUGCUGGCUAUAUUCAUCAUCCUCAUCAUUCUCACCGUGGUGUGUUGCAAACGCUGCUGCUGCAAAAAGACCAAAACGGUGGACAAGGAGAACCUGCAUUUGAGUUCAGUGUAAAGGUGUGUGUGAUGAUGGUGUGACUUGACCAACCCUUUCAGAGGGAGGGAGCUGUGCUCCCAAUAAUGUAGCACAAAUGCGUCGAACACUGGAAACUGUGAAAUGAGUCUUGUCUUUUUAAAUGUCAUUAUGAGCUGGUUCUUUUAAUGGGUAGAUAAUUUUUUUGAUUACUUAUUUGUUUUAUACCAAUGUUGAACUAGUAAAUUAAAUGAAUUGUUGAGAAGUACAUGUUAUUUUUGCCACUAUGUAGAUAAGAAACAUUUUAAUAUAAUUUAUUUCAAUGUUUUAUAUGUUAAAUGUGUAAUGUUAUGUCUCUAAGAUGUAUUCUCUUAUAUGUUGAUGAUGUGUAGUUCAUGUUGAAUAGGAUUCAUCCAUGUACUGUGCUGUUGGAACAUGGAUUUGGUACUUUUGGAUGAGUGAAGGAAGGUUAGUAGGAAAAUGAUUACUUGUGAUAACUUUUGUGCAUUCUGGUAAUUUUUACAAUUAAAUUCAUAUUUAUACAAUUAAAUUCUAAUUUGUCUUUCAUGUAACAAUAUCCAUGUGAGGGAACUUUGACAUAACAGUGCCAUCUGGUUUGCCUUAAAAUUAUCUAUCAUACUUAAAUCAUGUUUGAAACUGAUAUGAGACAAGAGGAAAGCCUUUUCAUAGAGAUUUUUUGAUUGUAGCUCAAUGCCUGCUUAUCAGCUUAUGACCCAGUAAGCCAGGUCGAAUACUCUGGCAGAGGGGUGACACCACAAUCACAUUGGUAACUUGGCAACACAAUGCCAGAGACCUCCGAGACAUGCCCUGGAGCAGGUCCAAGUCAUGGGUGUAGCUCAAUCUAAAAAGUGACCUCCUCUCCUUCAUCCAAAUGGAUUUAAAUGCCCCUCUAACUUAGUCCUUGUUCCCCCAUAUUUGUCUUGCACUGUGUUGGGGUGACGUUGAGUAUUUUGCACUACUCUGAAAAUACAGGAUCAGGGGACAUGCCAGAAGCCUUCUGGGGGAUUUGCUUUCAAUUGCCCAACUGUUUCAAGAUCAGUGUGGAUGAACAAAAUUAUAUAAGAGGA